AUGACUGACAGCCAUCUCAAGCUACGGAACCCAACUCAAUACCAUCUGCUGGCUACUCAAGACACUAUGACAGGUUCCUUUUAUGAUGCUCUACAUGCCUCAGACUCGUUCUCAAUGUCCGAAGACCAGAUUGACUAUGGAGACAGUUUCUCGCAGCAGUUCUUGUCUCCAAUGACAGAGCCAUUCCAUGAGUUUGAUGACCUAGACCUAGACCAGGACAGAGAAAAAGAAAAAAAAAGGGGACACCAGCUGAAGAACUACAGUAUCUCCCAAACCCUACUAGGAUCAUCAUCUGCAAUGGAUUACACUGAACAAUCGCCGUCCGACUAUUCCCUGGCUUCGGCAGAUUUUCUUUCCCAGCCUUCCUGUGUUGGUCCGAUGGAUAUCAUACACUCCAACAAAACCUUGGCUCAAGACAGCUACGGUCAACAACAGAACCAACAACAAAAGCAUCCAAUGAUGAUGAUGUCUAGAAGCCUUUUCCAAAGAGAUCCUUCUUCUAACUUUCACGGCCAGCAACAGGACCAGCAGUUCCAAAUGGAUCAAUUGGAUCAAAUGGAUCAAUUGGAUCAAUCUACAAUGUUCCCAAUGUCUGCACCUGCAAACCUUGGCUGCCAAUUUGGGUCCCACAAACUCACCUUGAAUCCCGUGCCUCUAAACUUGUCUGUAACUAAAUCCAACCCACGAGACACACCCCAAAGCUAUGAGGAUGACUACAAUACCCAAUUAGUUCUACAGACAAUGAUGGAAAAACGAAGACGCCGAAGAGAAUCCCACAAUGCUGGCAAUUUAUCUCUAAUUAAUAAUCUUCUAAUUCAUCUAGUCGAACGACGGAGGCGUGAGAAUAUAAAUGACCGAAUUCAGGAACUUGGGACUCUCUUGCCAGACUCAAUGCUCGAAGAAAUCAAUAACUCUAUCAACAGCACCAAUGCUGGAAUCAACAGUGUAAACAACAAGCCAAACAAGGGCGCAAUUCUCCGCAAGUCUGUAGACCACAUUCGCCUCUUACAAGAAGAGGUCAGUGCACAUGUACGGCGUAUAAAGGAACUCGAAGCCAUUUUAGCCCAACAAGCAAACAAGUUAUUCUUCUUUAGAGCUACAGAUACUACUAAAUCUGUAACCGACUAA